AUGUUGUUGACUUCCCGUUUUGUUUUUAAAAUUCAAACGUAUCUUUAAUCAAAAUUUAUUCCCUCAUAAAGUUUUAAUUUUACAAUGGACAAUUUAUUGCAGCCAGUAUUAGAGAGUUAUCCUAAACUUACAAUAGAAAAACAAUUUUGUCCAAGCUAUGUAGAAAUGUAUACAAAAAAUAGUAGAGAAAUUGUUAUGGUGUUUGUGAAGAAUAAGCUGGCUACUAACACAAUAGAUAGCAAAUUUGAAAAAGAUAACAAAUGCGAAGCAGAGGAAUUGGAACUAACUGGGUCCCCUCUCAAGCUGGAUCUUAGCUUGCACACAAUAUUAGAUGACACCCUUAUAACUGAUGAACCACAGCUAUGGACUAAGGAGGAAGCUAGCCACCUUCCAGUUGCUAUUAAUAAAGCCAGAGACAUUGCAAAUCUGUACAAUAAAAGUCUUACCACAGUGUCAACAGAAGAUGCCAUACCAAUGUGGAUACUGACCAAUCCAUCUGAUGAGGGGAAACCUCUACUCCUCACUGUACAAUCUGAUGACCACCAUUUUGCCAGAGGCAUUGUUACAUAUGAAGGUUCUAUGACUUUAGAAGAAGUGGAUCUUGAUAAGCUGGUUGAGCAAUAUGCAGCACAAGAAAGAAUAAAUACUGAUUUGGUUACUGUUACAGUAGAUUGUAAAUACCUACUGUCUGGCAUUUCAUAUGGCUCUCAUACUACAGAUGAGCUAUUGAAUGCACCUCAUGGUGGAUUAACAGAAUUACACUGCGAAUGGCAAGGGAAAACUUUGGUGACACCAUUCAUAAACUGUAAAGUUAAUUUUGAACAAGAAGUAAUAGUAGGACACCUGGCAAGCCCAUGUAAUGCUAUAUGGAAAUCGGUGUGUUCUUUGCACAAUAUAAAUCAAUUACUAGUUGAUAUGACAGCUGCAGGAUCUUCUUCAGUCAACUUAGAAACUGCUGUUGUAAGGAACUACACUGUUGGAAUGAAAAAACCAAACAAUACUAAGCGGUUAAGUGAGCUCCUCAACGAGACCGAGACAUAUGCAUAUACCGCGGAAUGCCCUGCGGGUGGAUGCACGUGCGUCACCGAAGACACCAGCAGUUUGCGACAAUGUCUCUCGGCUAUGAACGCUGAAGGAUCGAGUAACGAUUUUACGUACAAAUUGUGGGAUAUUUUAAGAGACUGCGAGACUGCCGAAGAAUUAGUAACUCUGCUAAUCCAAGCUCUCAAAUUUAUUUCGUCGGGCAAGAUUAGACCAUUUAUUGAUGCUAACAAUAAAACCUAUUUAUCAAAAUUGGUACUGAAGCUAUCUCGUGGUCACUCCCAAACCGCUAAAGUACUGAAGAAUCUCCGCUCGAGUUCCCCGCAAGCGUUGUCCUUAGUGGCUCAGGUGGGCACAGAGAAAACUAUGUGGGAAUAUACAAGGGUUAUGUCCCUUCUAGAACAUUCCUUCUACAUUGCUGGGAUUUGGACGACUGAUGCCAGAUCUCAUGAGUCCAUAGAACAGAUCAACCAAACGAUACAAGAUAUGACGAUGGGCGGAGAUUUUACCCUGAACCCAUUCGAUAAUAUAUCAACAGCGGAACACUCGAUUAGGCUCGAUUGUGAAUCGUUCUACGUCGAUGACACUAAUGAUCUCACUGUUGAUGACUUCGCAUCAUUGAAGAAACACGGACUUGUCGCCGAGAAGAAGGAUGCGAAUGAGGUACCUAUAAUAGCUGAUGAGAUAGAUAUUAGCCCAUGGAAGAAUCUAUUGAUGAAAUUCGCUCAAGUCCACGUCUGUUUAGAGCACUUAUAUCGCGCUGAAACCUGUUUGAGAGCUGACUUUACAAAUCUAAAGCCAAUAGCGACACGCUUGUUGGAACACUACGUCUCUGAGCGGUCGCCCAUCAAGACAGUUGGACAAGUGUUGAGCGACCCUGUUCAGAAGAUACGCAUGCCAAUAGCAAACAAUAUAGUGCAGGAUCAUUUAAAGAAACCAGCAUAUUGGUAUCGUACUGUAAUUAAUCGGAAGGAAAAUUCAGAUCAAGGUCUGAUUCGGGAUUGUAAACUUACCUACGUGUCCUCACAGCAACCAGUUUUCCCACCUUCAGUUUGGCAGAAUUUGGAGCCACCUACAGAUGAAGUAACUGAAAUAACAACAAUUGGAGAAGAAUUGAAGUAUCAUACCACUAAAUUUACGUUUUUAAGUAAUAAUCUGAUUAGUAAAUUAACUCUGUAGAACUGUACCGCAGCCCAAGUGAGUCGUGCCUUAAUAGCUAAUAGUAGCGUUUUAUACUAGAUAUAUUUUCAUAACAUAAAUACAUAUAUUUUUUGUAUUAGUAAUGCUAUUUAUUUAGUAAAGCAUAAUGAAUGCUU